AUGGACACGCAUACAGUAUAUCAACUCUUCAGCGCAACAUAUCACUCUGAUCCCAACGUACAGAAGCAAGCUGAAGGGCAGUUAAGACAGGUGGAGGGUACACCUGGCUUUAUUUCGAUACUCGUCCAGAUAUUAGGUUCGGAAGAAAUUGAAGUUCAGACAAAACAAGCUGUUUCGAUAUAUCUUAAAAAUCGGGUCAGAAGUUCGUGGGUUUCCGAAGAAGUGACGACACAUAAUAUAAUUCCAAUUGAACAACAAGACCGCGAUACUUUUAAAGCAAAUAUAUUGGGUAUUUUGGUAACAGUACCUAAUCCUGUGAGGGUUCAACUUUUGGAUACUUUGAAUCGAGUUCUAGCAAAUGAUUUUCCAAAUAAAUGGGCUGAUUAUAUUAAUCAAGUUCACGCCUUUUUGGGCACCAAUGAUGCCAAAAUGGCAUAUGUUGGAUUAUUAGCUUUACUACAAGUUAUUAGAGUGUACCAAUGGAGAAUAGAAGAUAAAUCUCCUCUAGUUGAAAUAGUUCAAUCCUCCUUCCCAAUUACAUUACAAAUGGCGCAAUCAUUAUGUAAUGAGAAUAGUUUAGAUGCUGCUGAAAUGUUGCGAAUAAUCAUGAAGGCUUAUAGCUGUCUCUUAUACACAUCUAGAUGUCUUACACAACAUCUUCAAGACAAUUCUUCUCUAGUUCCAUGGGUUACUUUAAUGUUGCAAAUAGUUGAGAAACAUAUUCCUCAAGAAAUGUUAUCCGAAGAUCUUGAAGAAAGGCAGAAGUUUAUAUGGUAUCGAGUAAAAAGACGAUCGUGUCAAAAUUUGAAUAGACUUUUCUCAAGAUACGGAAAUCCAGCUCAAAUUGGACAAACCUCAAAGUAUACGGCAUUUGCUGAAAAUUUUGUUCAACAAUUUGGUCCUCAGAUAUUACGUGUUUAUCUUCAACAAACUGAUCGAUGGAUUAAAAAAGAAACUUGGUUAAGCCAAAAGGUGUUAUUCUUUUUUGCUGAGUUUUACAGGGACGCUCUUACACAUAAACUUACUUGGCAAAUAAUGAAGUCAUAUGCUGAAACUCUUGUAACGCAUUUUAUAUUUCCUCAGUUGUGCUUUACUGAGGAAGAUGAAGAUUUAUGGGUCGAUGAUCCUGUCGAUUAUAUCCAUAAGAGGUUAGAUCCUUUGGAGGACUUUUCUGCACCAGUCGCUGCAACUAUAACUUUUCUAAUGAAUUUAGCAAAAUAUCGAAACAAGUUCAUAUUUAAAAAGAUUUUGAAUUUUAUUAAUAAUGUUCUUGAAACUUACCGGGACGCUCCACCUGAAUCUAAGGAUCCACGUCAGAAGGAUGGUGCUUUAAAAAUGAUUGGAUGCCUUGCCGAUUUAAUCUUGCGUAAAAAAUCAGGAAUAGCUCAUCAUAUGGAACCUUUUUUUACCGCUUAUGUGUUUCCAGAAUUUCAGAGUCAAUAUCCUUAUUUAAGAGCGAGAGCAUGUGACAUGUUGAUGAGAUUCAAUAAAAUGGAUUUCGAGAAUAAGGCAAAUUUAGCGAUUGCUUUUCGAGGAGUUACAACCUGCAUGCGAGAUACUGAACUUCCCGUUAGGGUUCAAGCUUGCUUAUCUCUUCAAUUUAUGAUACAACAUGAAUCAGUGAGAAAUGCGCUUAUUCCUAGCCUUCCGAUGAUCAUGCAAGAACUCCUUAACCUUACAAAUCAGAUUGACGCUGAUACCUUAUCAGGCGUUAUGGAAGAAUUUGUUGAAGUAUUUUCAGAAGAAUUAACUCCAUUUGCUAUUCAACUUACUGAGCAGCUGAGAAACACCUUUCUGCGUAUUAUGCAAGAUUACCAAGAUUCCGCUGCCGUUCCCGUGAGUGGCGAACUUAUAACUUCUACAGAAUUAGAUAUAAGUGAUAAAACAAUGGCUGCUUCGGGUGUACUCAAGACUAUUACUACUUUGCUUUUAAGUUUGGAGAGUACUCCAGAACUUUUAUCUCGGCUGGAAAAUGCGCUACUUCCUGUUAUAACAUAUUCGCUUGAGAAUGCAAUUAUAGAUUUGUAUGAAGACAUCUUUGAUAUUAUCGACACUUGUACAUUCUCCACAAAACAAAUUUCACAAACAAUGUGGGGAAUUUUUGAAUUGAUUUAUAAAACAUUCAAAGAUACAGGCAUAGAUUACAUUGAAGAGAUUUUUCCAUCCUUGGAUAAUUAUAUAUCGUACGGAACUCAAUUUUUCAUUCAAAAUACUACUUUACAAAGGAUGAUAAAUGAUAUUGUUGAAACGGUCAUGACAAGUGAUCGAUUGAAUGAGAGUGAACGCAUCUGUGGCUGUAAACUUAUUGAAUCUAUUUUAUUAAAUUGUCGCGGAGUUGUAGAUCAGUAUGUGGGACCAUUUAUUGAUCUUGUCUUUAAACAUCUAUCUAACACGAAAAGUACAUCCUUGACCAACUUCAAAUUUUAUUGCAUCGAAGCAGUGAUAAACUGUCUAUACUAUAAUCCACUUCUGUCUCUCCAUAUUCUUGAAGAACGCAAUUUAACUCAAACAUUCUUUAGUAUAUGGUUUGAUAAUAUAAAAAAGUUUUCACGUGUUCAUGAUAAGAAGUUAGUAGUUGUAACUUUGUGUUCUUUAAUGGAAAUACCUGUUGAACAACUACCAUCCAUUUUACAAACCGGUUGGCCUCAAGUCUUGGAAGUAAUUUUGACUAUAUUCAAGUCUUUACCAAAAGCUGAAGAAAAUCGAAAUGAAAUGGAAAAGAUGUACGAUAAUGAAAGCGAUGAUGAUGAUGAUGAUGGAGAAGCUGAUGGAGAAUCUGAAAAUAGAGGUGAUCAAGCAGUUGAUGAUGAAGAUGUGCAGGAUGAAGAUGCAGAAUACUUAGAAUUUUUGGCACGAGAGGCUGCAAGAAAUGCACGUUCGACAACAGAUGAAGAAGACGAUGACGAUCCAUUGGAAGAGGAAAUAUUAUUUGAAUCACCAUUAGAUAAACUUGAUGUUUAUAUUAGAUUUCAUGAUGUUUUUGUUGGUGUUCAACAACAUUAUCCAACUUCAUAUAAUCUUCUUACAAAAAAUCUUGAUACAGAAAAACAAAAUCUUAUAAUGAAAAUAAUCAAUAUAGCCAAUGAAAGAAGAAAGAAUUCAGAAAAUCAUACUAAUGAAAAUGAUAAUAAUUAA